UAGGCCCAGGUGAGGAAGCAGGAAGCGCGGGAAGUUCGGUUUAUGACGCUGUGGCGUCAAUGAAUGAAGAGUACGAAUGGAACGAUCCGACCAUGUUGUCAUUGCCGUGGAGGAGAACGCCUUUCGAGGUUGCGGAAGCGUCGCAAGCAAGCGACGGUCCAGUUCCAGCGGUCGGACUCCUGUGGAGAACGUGGAGCCGGUCGCGAGGAAGGGGGCGCAUCGCCCCGUGAUGGAUUACCGGUGACGGAGCAGUGGGAAGGACAUGGAGAGGACAGGUACGGUCUGCUUCGGCGGAGCCUGGGGCGCCUCCGGUCCGCGGCUCUCCCUGGCGAUGAGGACGAAGCCUGUGCACCUCUUGGAGAAGGCGACACCUUGUUCGGGAAGCAUGAAUGGGUACGACGUGGCCGCGGCAUGCUGAACCGGAGCGCAGGCGGCUCCGCUGCGACUACCGGCUGUGGUGUGACUGCCCGUCUCCGAGAGAGGGAUACUCUGCAUGGAAGGUUAACCGUAAAGAUCAACGCCGGAGCCGUACAGAGGAAGCUCCGUGUUGUGUCUCUGAUGUUAUGCCAUGCGGAUGAAGCUCCUUGCGCUGUGUCCUGGGUUGCUCGAGGGGUGCUCUAUUGUGUUCCAGAGUUCAAGGCACAGGAGUGUUUGUACUCCUGGGCCGACAACACCCACAAGGUGUUGGCCCAUCAGAGUGGGCAGAUUGGGGAGCUGGUGGUGAUGAGGAGUAACCGUACUCUUCUCCUCAAGGGGUGCAUCUCUACCAUCUACUAUAGUAGGAACUGUCUCUCUGAGGGGGGACCCCGCAGAGGGAUUUGCAAUGCUACCUGCCCUAUGAGUGGAGAUCCAAUUGAAACACAAGCCAAUCAUCAAAUCAACUGGACUUUGAUUUAUUUGAUCAUUUCUGUCAUACUGUUGCUUCUGGUGGGAGUCAUCCUAUACCUUAUGUUCCAAAACCAUAUUUGCAGAGGUCCCAGUUGCAUCUACACUUCUGUGAAGAGACAGGACACUCAAGAGAGGAGGGAAAGCAUUGAUGAAGGGAUACCUUUCUAAGCACAGCAAGAUUACGCAGAGGUGGAAAAAUAGGGAAGGAAAGUAGGGGUGCAUCAAAGAGUCAAAUGGAAACUGAAUCCUGCAUAACGACAUAGCCUUAGUGCAUUUUGGGACACCAUCCAGAGACCCAAACAGAAGAAAACAACACAAAAACAAUUACCGUUCUUAUCUUGAUUGUCAAAGCAACAUUUAAUCAAAUAGCAAGGCCUAUCUUACUCUCCGUUAUUAUAUUCGAUAGGAGCACGUUUGGAGGCCAGCAGUGAGGCUUGUCAAUCAAUCUUUAUUUGUAUAGCGCCAAAUCACAACAAACGUUAUCUCAAGACGCUUUUACAAACAUAGGAGGUCU